GAUCCCCAAAAGCAGAAAAUGAGAGUCACUUGAAUCUUGAUCAGUGAAUUUUUGCUAGAAUUCUUAGAUAUUGAUAAGAUAUAGCAUUUUAGUUGCCUACGUCUCCCUUCUACUCGGGUCCUGAAAAGAGACCAUCCACCCAGAACAGGAGGAGAGUUCGAGAAAACAGAGAGUUUUUAUCUCUCUGGCUUUGGCUGGGAUUUGGAAGAAGGGAGGAGAGGUUUUGAAAAUGGCGGGUGGGUCUUUUGCUCCGGCCGGCAUGGCCAGGAACAGAGCUGAGAAGUACCAGGGAAGGGUCACCCUCUAUGUGAUUGUUGCCUGCAUUGUGGCAGCUGUUGGUGGGUCAAUAUUUGGCUAUGACAUUGGAAUUUCAGGAGGAGUGACGCAAAUGGAUGAAUUCCUUCGUCGAUUCUUCCUCACAGUAUACAAGAACAAGAAGCGUGCCCAUGAAAACAAUUAUUGCAAGUACAACAACCAAGGCCUUGCGGCUUUUACUUCAUCCUUGUACCUGGCUGGUUUGGUCGCCUCGCUGGUGGCCUCCCCCAUCACGAGGAAAUAUGGUCGACGAAUGAGUAUAGUCUGUGGAGGAAUCAGCUUUUUUGUCGGAGCAGCUCUUAAUGCCUCGGCUGUGAACCUAGCGAUGCUUCUUCUAGGCCGGAUCAUGCUUGGGAUUGGCAUUGGAUUCGGCAAUCAGGCGGUUCCGCUAUAUUUGUCGGAGAUGGCACCAGCCCACCUAAGAGGAGCUCUAAACAUGAUGUUUCAACUAGCAACAACUCUCGGAAUCUUUACUGCAAACAUGAUCAACUAUGGAACAGACAAGCUCCCGCCAUGGGGGUGGAGGCUUUCCCUAGGUCUGGCUGCAGCACCAGCUCUCUUAAUGACAGUGGGAGGAAUGCUCCUUCCAGAGACACCAAACAGCUUAAUUGAACAGGGCUUAAUGGAAAAAGGAAGAGCGGUUCUUGAGAGGAUUAGAGGAACAAAAAAUGUGGAUGCAGAAUUUGAAGACAUGAUGGAUGCGAGUCAGUAUGCAAACUCGAUCGAGCACCCUUUCAGAAACAUCCUGGAAAGAAGGAAUAGACCGCAGUUGGUCAUGGCAAUAUUCAUGCCGACAUUCCAAAUCCUCACCGGCAUAAAUUCAAUCCUCUUUUAUGCCCCAGUUUUGUUUCAAAGCAUGGGGUUUGAAGGAAAUGCUCCUCUCUAUUCUUCAGCUGUGACUGGAGGAGUUCUUGCUUUGUCUACCCUGGUGUCCAUAGCCACGGUGGAUAAAUGGGGUCGAAGAGCUCUACUAAUUGCUGGAGGGAUUCAGAUGGUCAUAUGCCAGGUUAUUGUUGCUAUAGUCUUGGGACUUAAGUUUGGCAAUCACGAAAAGCUCUCAAAAGAGUUCUCAAUCUUGGUGGUGGCAGUCAUUUGCCUUUUUGUCGCAGCCUUUGGAUGGUCAUGGGGGCCGCUUGGCUGGACAGUGCCGAGUGAGAUAUUCCCAUUAGAGACACGUUCAGCAGGGCAGAGCAUUACAGUGGCUGUGAACCUACUGUUCACUUUCAUCAUAGCCCAAUCUUUUCUAUUCCUCCUAUGUGCCUUCAAGUUUGGAAUUUUCCUCUUCUUUUCUGGGUGGAUAACAGUCAUGACAAUCUUUGUGUACGUCUUCCUACCUGAAACGAAGGGAAUUCCCAUAGAAGAGAUGAUACUGCUGUGGCAAAAGCAUUGGUUUUGGAAGAGAAUUGUACCAGGAUCUCAAGAGUCUGAUGAGAGCACUGCAACAUAAAGCAACUGGUUGAAGUCGAGAUGAACACUGGAAAGCAAUUUUAGAAUCAGUAAGAGGGUAUAGAGUAAACAAUUGACCGUCGCUAAAGGGAAAAGCCAGAAGCACCUAGUGGAGACAGGAGGUUGAGGAUAAACACGACGAUGGCUGCGAGCUCACUGCCAUCAGGGGCAGAAUUCUUAGUUUUCAAUGCAAGUUGUAAUAGACAUUUGACUAGUAACCCCUACCCCUUGGAACUUGCACUUAUUCAAUUAAAAACUGUAUUAUUGGUUACAAGUAA